GCGCGCCUGGCGCACAGAAACAAGAAGGAGAAAAAGACGGCAGUCGACGGACGGGUUGGGGACGCCUCGCUGCGGCUCAGCGAACUGUCGCUCUCCUCUUAAAGUUCACGCAUCUCCUAUCGCCUCCAACACGCAAGCAUGUCAGAAGAAAAGCCGAAGGAAGGCGUGAAGACUGAGAACGACCACAUUAACCUGAAAGUGGCCGGUCAAGAUGGUUCGGUUGUACAGUUCAAAAUCAAGAGGCACACUCCUCUCAGCAAACUCAUGAAAGCGUACUGUGAACGGCAGGGACUGUCCAUUCGUCAAAUAAGGUUUAGGUUUGAUGGGCAGCCCAUAAAUGAGACGGACACACCCUCACAGGUUUCGACUGCGUCCGCCAUUCCGAAGUUGCAAGUAAAACAUUCCAUUACAUUUUCAAAGCUUUUCCCCACAAGGGACGUGGGAAUGCCGCAGCCUGUCCCAACUGACUUCAAGUGAAAGGUGGACGACACCCUGAACUGGUCGCCAGUCAAUCAUGUGGCUCAUAUGACAGUUACUUAGUGGGAACUGAACGCACACUGCCUUGACUGAAGUCAGACAACUGUACCACUACAUCAUCAGACUCCAUUUCAAUAUCAAAUCAACAAAUCCUCUUGAAUCCAUUAAAUUCCUGGCCAGCGAGAGGUGCUUUGGACGUAAUUUACAAUGUAUGGACUGAAGCUGCAUUCAAGUAAGCAACAAGGAAAUGGCGACAAAAGCAAUCAAGUGACCGUGUAAACCCAGUGCCUUCUGCUUUCAAAUUUCCUGUAAUUCUGGAACACGGGACAGACCAAAAAUACCCUGAAGCCUUACAUGGAGUUGAAACUGCAGUCUUGGAGUAGUCAGGAAAAAGUGGUGUGAUGCUUGGGCAUCCAGAGUGAUGAACCUCUAUGUGGAUAUAAUUUUUUUCAUUUCCAAUGAGUGGGGAAAGGUCUGGAGAGUACUUUUUCUGUUUUGACAGCCCUGUGGCCUGUCAAAAAAAAGUUUGUCAUACUAUAAAUGUAGUUCCUUGGCCCUAAGAUGCCACUAGAUGGUGCCAAAGCACUUCUUAUUAGACAGGACUGGACUCGGACUUGUAAAAUGUCUCUUAAAUUCUCCCCAUUUAAAAAAAAAAAAAAAAAAGUUGCCAUCAGU